AUGGUGCCAACGGCCAAAAAAGCGCCGGUAGCAAGCACGAUGGAGGUCGCGACCCCUGAGGACCUCCACACCUCCAAGGAGAAGCUCCGCGGCAUCGGCGAGGCGACCGCUCUCUUUUCAGAACCUGCUAGGGCAGAGGCCCUGUCCACCCUGGCGUCCCUCGAGGGGUCGCCAGGGCCCGCCGCGGCCCUGGCGAGGCCCGUGGGCGGCCUGCUCCUCAUCGACGCCUACGCCCUCGCGAUGGCCGGGCACGAGUCGCUCGCGCCGACGCGGGCGCUCCCGGCGCUGGCCACGCCGGAGACCAAGGCGAACUUCGUGAAGUACAAGCGCCGGAUGACCGCGUACAAGGCGGACGUGGAGCGCGCGCUUAAGCGGCGCUCGACGGCCGUUUCUCGCCGGAAGGACCCGGCGGAGGCCGACCGCGAACUCGACCAACUCGUGCGGCAGGCGCACCUCGACGUGACGGCGCAGCUGCGCGCGUUUGCCGAGGGUUUGCACCCGCGCCUCGGCGCCGACAGCGCCGUCCACCUCUUGGAGGGCUGCCGCGACGUCCUCGGCUUGAUCGCCGCCGAGGUGCGCGGCGCGCCUCCGCCGCGUGGGCGCGGCACGUCGCAGCUCCGGCAGGUGUCGCUGCUCCUCAACUAUGAGCGGCGGCGGCGGCAGCUGAGCGAGGCGCUCGCCGACGAGCGGCGUGUCGAGCUCGAGCUGGCGGCGCGCCGCCAGCAGGCCGCCGUCGACGCCGCGCUCGCCGACGAGCGGCGGCGCUCCGCCGCGGCGUACGCGAAGCUCGACGCAGCGCUGCAGGCGGAGCGGCAGGAGACUGGGCGGCUCUGCACGGAGGUGCGGCGGCUCAAGGCGGCGGCGCGCGAGGCCGAGACUGCGGCGGAGCUGCGGACCGACACAGUCGGGGGGGCAGGCGAUGAUGGCAUACGCCUGCUGUGUGAAGAAGCGAGUGGCAUCGGCGGGCCCGCUGUCUGA